CCUUCCUUCUUAUUUUUUAAAGCAAAACACAUAUCUAUUCCUUUCUCUCUUAUCUUCAAAAAUUCCUCCCCAAUAUCUAACUAAACAACAUACUUAGAUGAAUAAUAUUGUUACACUUCACACCUAUUUUUUUUCAAUUACAUUCAAAUAGGUGAACUUAUUAUAUAGUAAAUUAAACUCAGCUACCUUAUUUUUUUGUUGUAACUGGAAGAAUAAAGUGUAAUGUUAUUCUUACGUGAAUCCUCACCUUUAUACGUUUAUUCACAGUUUCUUUUAUAGACCGACACGAAUUAGCCUCAAACACGUUUUUGUUUAAUCUCGGGUGUUUAAAUCAAAUUUUCGUUUGGCCAAUAAAAUCUGUUUCGUAUUGUAGAAAAAAACACAUUAUCAUCACUUUGGUUAUUCAUUCAUAUAUAAGCUCACGCAUGAAUGCAUAGGCUUCACUCCCUUAUUCGAACCUCACCCAUUGCAUUGCCUUUCCUUAAAGCAACCCAUUGUCUAGCAAUAAAAUCAGGUUUCAUAUCAGACCCCUACACAUCCAACAACCUCAUAACAGCCUACGUAAAAUGCAACGAACUAAACCUUGCUCACCAACUGUUCGACGAAAUGCCUCAACCAGAUACUGUAUCAUGGAAUGUUGUCAUUUCAGGUUAUGUAAACUCCGGCGACCUGGAUUCCACCUGGCAACUCCUUAACGCAAUGAGAAUCUCCGGACAUGUGUUUAACAGCCGCACGUUUGCAAGUGUCCUCAAAGGUGUUGCCCGAGCUUGCAGAAUUGAGCUCGGGCAACAGUUACAUUCGGUUAUGAUCAAGACGAGGUUCACUGAGAAUGUUUUUUCAGGGAGUGCACUUGUUGAUUUGUAUUCCAAGUGUGGUAGAGUUGGUGAUGCUUUGGUUGUGUUUCUCUACAUGCCGGAAUGUAAUUGUGUGUCGUGGAACACGUUGAUUGCUGGUUAUUCGAGAGUUGGCGACGUUGACAUGGUGUUUUGGUUGUUAAGAUGUCAGGAGUUGGAGGGUGUUGGGAUUGAUGAUGGCACCAUGGCUCCGCUUCUGACAUUGCUUGUCCGGGUUGAGUUUUAUAGUUUGGUAAUGCAGUUGCACUGUAAAAUUAUGAAACAUGGGCUGGAGGCCUUUGACACUGUCUGUGGUGCCGUUAUUAAGGCGUAUUCUCAUUGUUCUUCUUUGCUUGAUGCUGAGAGAGUGUUUGAUGGCUGUGUUGCGAGUCGUGAUCUGGUUACAUGGAAUUCCAUGCUCGCGGCUUAUUUGCUUCACAAGAAAGAAGAUACCGUGUUUGAAGUUUUCAUUGACAUGCAGAGUUUUGGGUUUGAGCCGGAUGAUUAUAGUUAUACUGGGGUUAUUAGUAGCUGUUCUGUGAAAGAGCAUAAAAGCCGUGGGGAAUCUUUACACGGUUUAGUGAUAAAAAGGGGGCUUGAGGUUUCUGUGCCUGUUUCUGAUGCAUUGAUUGCCAUGUAUCUUGGAUUCGAUAAUAGGUACAUGGAAGAUGCAUUGAGAAUCUUCUUUUCCAUGGAUGUUAAAGAUUGUUGUACUUGGAACACUGUUUUGUCCGGGUACGUGCAGGUUGGUUGGAGUGAGGAUGCCUUGAAGUUGUUUGUACAUGUGAGAUCUCUUUUUGUAGAAAUUGAUGACUACACUUUUUCAGCUGUCAUCAGAUGUUGUUCAGAUUUAGCAACACUGCAGCUAGGUCAACAAGUUCAUGUUUUGGCACUUAAAGUAGGCUUUGAUAACAAUAAAUAUGUUGGGAGUUCAUUGAUAUUCAUGUAUUCUAAAUGUGGUGUCAUAGAAGAUGCUAGGAAAUAUUUUGAAGCAACUUCCAAUUAUAAUGCAAUUGUCUGGAACUCAAUCAUCUUUGCGUAUGCACAACACGGACAAGGAAACAUUGCACUUGAAUUCUUUUACUUAAUGAGAGAGAGAAAGGUGAAACCUGAUCAUAUAACCUUUGUUGCAGUUCUCACUGCAUGUAGUCAUAAAGGGCUAUUAGAAGAAGGUCGCAAAAUUAUACAGAUUAUGGAGUCUGAUUUUGGUAUUCCACUUCAAAUGAAGCACUAUGCUUGUGCAGUUGAUCUCUAUGGUCGAGCUGGGCAUCUAGAGGAGGCAAAAGCUUUGAUUGAAACAAUGCCUUUUGAACCUGAUGCAAUGGUGUUGACGACUUUAUUAGGUGCCUGUAGAAGUUGUGGUGAUAUUGAAUUAGCUAGUCAUGUGGCAAAAACUUUGCUAGAGUUGGAGCCUGAGGAUCACAGCACUUAUGUUCUGCUCUCUAGCCUGUAUGGGCGUCUGAAGAUGUGGGAUGAAAAGGCUAGUGUAAUUAGGCUGAUGCGAGAGAGGGGCGUGAAAAAGGUUCCUGGCUGGAGUUGGAUAGAAGUGAAAAAUAAAGUGCAUGCGUUCAAUGCUGAAGAUCACUCUCACCCUCAGAGCGAGGAGAUAUACGUACUGCUACAACAUUUAAAGGAGGGGAUUAAGUUGUUUGAUAGUUUUGUCGGUCAAACUUAACUACUGCAUUGGUUGGAUUUUCUAUAUGGUUAUGAUGAUCAAAAUUUCUUAUGAUUAUAGUAUAUUGUUUGUUGGGUUUGGUUGGAAGAUUUCGAGGAUGGUGCACACCGUGGUUGUAAAAUGUGGCCUGCAUCAACAUUUUUCGCUUGCAAAGCAAAGGUUUUUAGGUCCCUGUGACUAUACCAUGACACAAUGUGACCAAAUUUUUCUGCAACUUAGUCUCAAUUGUGACGACAACCACAAUUUAAAAUGCCGAUGUGCACCAGGUCUCUUCACAAGAUGCCGAAAUUAAUUUCAUGUGGAAGAAAUUAUGUUGUGCACCUUUUCCAAAGAAAAGAUUAUUCUUGUUAUAAAAUUUGCUCUUUCAACUGCAUAUUGAAUAAUUGUGAUGGCCAUGUAGGAUUGAAGGAGUUCUUGCCAGCACGUUUGAAGUGAGGAAGAGAUUCUGGACAAAGCAAGAACUUAGAGUUAAUGAUUCUGCUUCUGUUGUGAAUAGCUGCCAUCUUAUGUUAGCAAGAACAUGCAAUGCUGGUGCAAUGUUUUGAAAAUCAUAUUCAAUUAUUUGAUUACAUGACGAUAAAAGUAUUUAAUCUCAAUAUCUCGAGUACUUUAUGUCAUAGAUGUUGAUGGACAGUGGUCUUGACAAUCAAGGUUUGAAGGAUUUCUUCCCAAAUCACCAUUUCCUGUACUGCAUAAUCUACAAAUUCUAAACUUGAAGGGAAACAACAUUCUUUUGUGCAUAAAACCUUUGGCUCGAGGAGAUACAUAAAAAUUGUGAAGGAAGAAGGUUUGGAGAUAUCAGAACCAGCUCUUGACAAAAAUUCAACAGAAAUACAUUAAAAGGAGUAUUUAAAAGCUGAAACUGAGGAAUGCAUGCACUGGUGAAGUUGAAGCAAGAAAUGUUUUAAUGGAUGUGUAAGUCUUCAAAGAUUAUUUGUUAGAUCAUGAGUAAGAUGCAGUGAUUAAAAAUAAAAAGAGAAUUCUUAUAGUUUUUAAUACGACCAGCAAUCAUGACAGACAUUAACAUGUGGCGGUUAAAAAGAGGAUUCUUAUGUUUUUGCAUACAUCUGUUGAAUCUGGUAUACUAGUUUUUUUUUUUUUUUUCCACUUUCGGAAAAGAUAUAAUUUAUGAUAUAUACAACACAUAUUGUAUAAAAAUUAUUAUAAAUAUAUAAAUGUAUUUCAACUAAUUAUAGAAACCAGUCUAUCAAAAAAGAAUUUAUAGAAGCUAGCUCGUGUCAUGUGCGAGUUUGCAUCUAGUAAAUAAUUCAGUCUAUCAAUGCUUUACAUUCUAUUUGCAUAUUGUUCUAACUUAUGUUUAAAUAGUAUGAAUGAUAUUUUAUCAUUACUUAAUGGUUUACUGAUCUAUUUUGAAAUAGCUGUUUUAGUGAUCUAUAUAUAUAUAUAUAUUGGUUGAAAUACAAUUUGCUACUAUGUUUUCCUGUGUGCUUUCUUUAUUUACAUAUUCCAAGUAAACUAACCAGGCCUUUUCAGGCGAUUUGUUUUCUUAGUCAAUCAUGGAUUCAUGGUUAUGAGAUUUUACGUUGUUUGUACAUAGUUCUUAAACUCUUUUUAAAAAUAAAAUACAUAAUUUGAAUUGAUUAUAUGAUGUAUAAAUGAGUCCUUUUGUCCACCACACAAAUAAUAAUAUGUAGAGAGCGAUGUCACUGAGGCUCCCUUGGGAGUUUGGAGGGGAAGGAAUGAGAGACCUUUUGGAAGAGGGGAGGAAAGGAAAAGAAAAAAAAUUCUUUCAUCUUAUUUUAGAUAAUGUUUUAGUAUAGAAUGUGAAGGAGAUGUGUUAGGAUCCCAAUAAUUAAAUUCCAAAAAAUCUGAACACUUUUUUUAUUAAGAAAAGCUUUAGAAGUAAUAGAAUAGAAUCCCUUCUCCAAAGAUUUCUUGGUCACAAUAGAGUUACUACUCUAUUCACUUUCCAAUAUUCAAAAUAUAUCCCAAACUAACUACAUAGCCCCCUAUUUAUAUUUUAUACACAAUGUGUUUAACAACCUCAUAACCAACCAAUUAAAUUUACUAUUAUUAACUAAUUCUACUAAUUUAAGUCCUAAUAUGAUAUAUAUGAUUAAUAUAUUUUUUUAUUUUGAGAUUAUUAUAAAGAGAUGAAAAUGAUUUGGAGAAUUUAUUUAAAUCCUCCAAAACCCUCCAAUACAUUUUUUGAGUUUUUCCAAUUUAGAUGAAUUUUAUAUUAUGAAGAAAAUUAAUUUCCCCAUUCAAGUUGGGGUACUAUCGUUCAUUCAUUUUUCCUUUCCUCCUUUUUCUCAAAGUCCUUCUCUCCUUUCCUAAAUUUCCAAAUGGACCCUAAUAGUAUUUUUGUAUUGAGAGUAUUGGAGAAUUUUGGAGAGCUACAUUUAUAUUUAUAUUUUGAUAAAUAUUUGAUAUAUUAAAAAAUUGAAAGAAUAGCAUGAUAGAUGCUCCUUUAACUUUCCAAUCCCACUUAGUUUAUUUCUGGAAACAUUUUAUAGUUUCCUUAUUUUAGAAAAGAAAAACAAGUUUUCUUCUGCAGUUUCCCUCCAAAAUCCUCCUCCAACCACACCCUAAAAAAUGCAUUAGUAUACACAGUGUGUUUAGCAAUUUUGAGCUACUAUUAAUUAUAACAUCGAUUCAUGCUGUAUUUG